GGCGGGAGCUGCGGUUCCCGCUCGGGGCCGAUUCCCCGGCGCUGCCGAUGGUCGGGGAGCGGGGGGCGGCGGCCGCCGCACAGGGCGGCAGUCAGAGUGGCGGCAGGGCUGCUUCCGGCGGCGGGAGAGAGGUCCCCUCCGGCUCUUUCAUCUGCUCCUUCCCCGACUGCGAUGCUGUCUUCUCCAAGGCCUGGAAGCUCGACGCGCACCUCUGCCGGCACACGGGCGAGAGGCCGUACGUCUGCCAGUACGAAGGCUGCGGUAAAAGUUUCACCAGAGAUUUCCACCGCGCUCGACACCUUCUCACGCACACGGGGGAAAAGCCGUUCCAGUGCCCAGCUGAUGGAUGCAAUCAGAGAUGUGGAACAAAGUCAAACUUAAAGAAGCACAUUGAGCGUAAACAUGAAAAUCAGAAGAAGCAGUAUGUGUGUGACUUCGAAGGCUGUAACAAGUCUUUCAGGAAACAUCAACAACUGAAGGUUCAUCAGUAUCACCACACCAAUGAACCUCCCUUCAAAUGUAGUAAUGAAGGAUGUGAGAAGUACUUUUCUACUCCUAGUCAUCUAAAGAGGCACGAAAAGAUCCAUGAAGGCUAUUCAUGCAAGAAAGAAAACUGCUCAUACACUGGAAAAACUUGGACAGAGCUUCUGAAACACAACAAAGAAAGUCAUACAGAGCAAAUAGUUUGCAGUGAGUGUUACAAAACUUUUAAACGGAAAGAUUACCUCAAGCAGCAUCAAAAAACACAUGCUACGGAGAGAGAAGUCUACCUCUGUCCAAGAGAAGGAUGUGAAAGAACUUACACAACUGUGUUUAACCUUCAGAACCAUAUACAUUCUUUUCAUGAGGAGAAAAAACCAUUCUCUUGUGAUUAUCCAGGCUGUGGAAGAGUGUUUGCAAUGAAGCAGAGCCUAACAAGGCAUGCAGUUGCACAUGAUCCUGACAAGAGAAAGCUGAAAGCAAAACGUUCUCGUCCCAAGAGGAGCUUAGCCUCUCGCCUGAGUGGCUACAUUCCUCCUAAAACACAGACAAGAAAGGGUCUGGUGGUGACAGAAAGCAAGGUGAUGGAUAAGCCCAUGGAAAAUAAAAUACCAACUGUUGAGAUUCUGACUGCAGUAAAGGUUAAUUGAGACAACUUCAAGGAAUAAUCAGUGCAAGGCUGAAGGAUAAUUUUAAGUUUAUAGUCUGUUUAUUUUUAAAUAAGAAAUUAUUAUUGUUUACAACUUUCCAUAAAGUCACUGAUGCAACUCA